CUUGGUAACUUGAAUAUCAGCGCUUCUCCUCUACAACUUUUAAAAAUUCUAGGCCCCUACUUCCCCCAAUCCCCACCCCAACAAAACUCCAUUUAAGGCACUAUAAAAUGUAAUACUAGCCCAUUUCUUUCUUCCAUUGACCUCGCCUUCCUCCUUAUCUAGUGCUUGCAUUCCUCCAUUGCUAGCUCCUUCUUCCACCUCUCUACAUUUAUCUUUAUCCUCGAUCCUUCUUUUCUACCAUAUCUAUCGCUACCACGAUAUCUACUCCCCCUCAUCCCCGGCCCACACUUUUGGAAGCAACCUACACUACACAAAAACACACUCGAUCCAUAGCAAAGAAGAUGUCUAGUAGGAGGUCUCGUUCAAGGCAGUCAAGCUCUUCGAGGAUGACAGAUGACCAGAUCAUCGAUCUUGUCUCCAAGUUGCAAGCUUUGCUCCCCGAGGCACGCAAUAGGAGCACUGAUAGAGUGUCGGCAGCCAAGGUACUACAAGAUACGUGCAACUAUAUUAAGAGCUUGCAUCAAGAAGUGGAUAACUUGAGCGAAAGGCUUGCUGAAUUACUUGCCACAACCGACACAACUGGUGAUCAAGCUGCAGUCAUUAGGAGUCUUAUUAUGUAGUAGAACUCUUUAGUACUUGAAUGUCUUAACUCCUAGCUAGUUGGUCACUUUUUUUUUUGCUUCUUUUUAUGAAUAAUUAGGUUGUAGCUACGUGAGGGA